AUGGUAUUCACAUAUCGCUAUAUGAUUUUAUAUGUUAUUGCUACAGUAAUUAUUGCUGUUAACAGUCAAAGUUCAUGUGUAGAUUUUUCUGCUGAUCCAGCGGAUUGUACAAAAUUUAUUCGAUGCUUUCAUAAUUUACGUAUUAGAUUUACUUGUCCACCAGGUACAGCAUGGGAAGAUUCAUUAAAAACAUGUGUUUGGAAAGAAUAUGUUGAAGCAUGUAAUGGACAACCACGAGCAAAACAAAUUAAUCUCGAUAAAGGAAUUAAAAUAUAUGAAGCUGAUCGAAAUGCUCUUAAUAAUAUUACAAUUGGUCGUACAUUAAGUGAAGCACGUGCACUUGGAAAAAUAGUAACACCUAGACAAUAUCAAUGUACAAUGUGUGCGACUGGUGCUUGUGCAGUUAUCGUUACUACUGUUCAAUGUGUUUGUGGUACUGCUCAAUGUUUACCAACAUCAGCAGCUAUUCAAACACGAAAUCCAUGUGCAAUAAAUCCAUGUCUCAAUGGUGGUCAAUGUUUAAUGAAUGGACAAGGAUUUAUUUGUAAUUGUCCAGCUACAUUUGCUGGUAAUCGUUGUGAAGCUCCAGCUGCUACACCAUGUCAACCAAAUCCAUGUUUGAAUGGUGGAUUAUGUUCGUCACAAGGUAUAUCAUUUAUAUGUCAAUGCCUUCCAACAUUUACCGGUCGAUGUUGUGAAAGUCGAGUAGUAACAACAACACCAUUCAAUCCUUGUGCACAAUCACCAUGUCAAAAUGGAGCACAAUGUAUCCCAGCAGGAACAUGUAUUCGAUUCUUUCUUGUAUUUUUUU